AGGAUAAUUUGGAAUUAUAGUUUUAUGCUUUCGGAAAUUGUCACGGUUUUCAUUUUCCUUUACCAAAGGAUUACCGUUUUCAGCCUAAACUUUUUAAAGUCAACCAACAAGAAACUACCGUGGAGUGAUGACCACAGCAAACGUCACAAGAGAUGGACCACAAACGGAAACAUAUAUAGAUGCCCUAUGCUUCCCCUCUUUGGUAGAUGGACUUCAACAAAAAUCAAUUUCUUUCUGUGCUGUCAGCAUUCUCUUUUCCACCACAGCACUCCUGGGGAAUUCUCUUAUCCUUAUUGCCCUUCACAAGGAAUCUUCUCUUCACCUGCCCUCGAAACUCUUGUAUCGUUGUCUGGCAACGACUGAUCUGUUAGUUGGCCUUGUUGGCCAACCCCUUGAUGCUACCUACUGGAAGUCCUUUGCUAACGAAGGGUGGAAUCUUUGUCGGUUCGCACUCGACGCUAAAUUUAUCAUAGGCACUGUAUUAUGUUCAGUGUCGUUAUUGUCGAUGACGGCCAUAAGCUUGGACAGACUUCUAGCCCUGUUGUUGGGGCUGAGGUACAGACAAAUUGUAACUUUAAAACGCACAUAUGUGAUUGUCGCUAUUUUUUGGGUUCUGUCCGGUGUAGCUGGCUUAUGCUUCAUUUUAGAUUACCGCAUCACCCUCUGGUAUUGGUAUAUAAUUAUACCAUCUUGUAUAGUAAUGUCUAUCGCCUCGUACACAAAGAUCUUCCGCACUCUCACUCAUCAUCAGGCUCAAAUACAAGAUUCUGUUCAACAACAGCCGAGCCAAGCAAAUCAACUUAACAUUGCGCGAUACAAAAAGGUAGUAAACAGUGCAGUGUGGGUGCAGUUGGCAUUAGUUGUUUGCUAUGCGCCUUAUCUUUUAGUUGAAAUUACGCUGGCUUAUAUCAAAACAUAUUCUUUACAUCUUGUCGUCAUCAGGGGAAUAGCAGUUAUUUUAGUUUACGUAAACUCCACAUUAAAUCCUUUUCUUUUCUGUUGGAAAAUCUAUGAGGUAAGACAAGCAGUAAUACAGAUAAUCAGACAAGUAUUUCGCUGUCCAUGGAGUUAG